CCACUGCAACGCUUCGUCACGCUGAGAAUCAAUCAAUCACGGUGUUGGUGAGGAUAGAAUUCAGGUUCCUUCGUCGAUCCUGAACAAGCUCGCGAGUGCUAGAAGUGGGAGAGGCUAGGCUAGGCGAGAGGGUGAUGGGAUAUGUUCCAGUGGUGGGAGAGGACUCUUGCUUCCCGUAGUUGUGGUGUUCAGACUGCUGAUAGUCGAUGGACAGCUGGUGGGAGCUUGUUCACCCUGAAGAUCGAUCUGGUGGGCGUGCUCGUGGAGCACGGUGUGGAGCUCCAUCGGCUGGAUGUCUUGGUCCGGGCCCUUGGGUCGAAACAAACCUGGGCAGGCAAAUGAAUCUGGUUCAGGCGAUGGUGGAUGUGAUUGUGGGGAUUGCAAGUCACUGCUGUCCUGUAUUGAGUUUGAAAACCAAGUGGUCCGGCCAAUGGUUGACCUGUUUGGAUACGGGACAGGAGGCGAAACUCGUAUCCCUGAAGGAUAGAGAUGUGAAGACCCAGGUGCAUUUCAUGAAGAAGAGGGUGAGAGAUCUCGGCAUUCAAAAAUUCAUUCCAUACACCAUCAGCUCCCAUUCAAGUUACUAUGGUGUCUCCUACGACAGGUAUUGCGCUCUUAUGUUUACAGAACAUGUUUGCUUCGCAGCGUAUCAAUCCGUCAGGAAGAGAAUUCGUCAGGGAGCUCAAAUUCGUGUCAGCAGUAGAUCUUAUGGAUCUUCGACUACGUACAGAGAAAGAAUGCCUCAGGUGCAAAUAUUCGUGAAGCAGAUGGUGCUUGACAUCUCGAUGACCCAGAUUCGAAUAAAAUGGAGGAUCAAAUAAUACAUCUUGAGCGGCGUCCAGAGACGACGCUCAGCCAGAGGUUAAAUGAUUAGAUGCGUGGGGUAGCAGACUUGUGUCAGCCUGCUGGUGGCGAAGAAGCGACGAAGUUCCCUGCUCAUAACCUUUUAGGCCUCUGACAGAUUCCCAAACUCAAUACAGGAAAGCAUCGCUCCCCGAUUUGUGUACCAGAAUCAUCGACAGGUCGAUCAGGUGUUUUUACUUUCGUCAGUUCAUAGUUGAAACUGAGAAUAGAGAUUCACUGUCAGUGAGAACCCCAUUAGCAUCACUCCACAUUUGUUAUGCCUUAAGUUCUUGUUGGGAUUUCGCAAUUUUGCCAUAAAUCUGUCAUUUCGUUCUCGAAGUUGACUCUACUAUCGUAAGUUUACCUCGUAAUCGGCAGGUACAUUACAUGCUUGGGAUGCAAUUUUGUG